AUGGAGGGCAAAAAUCAAAAAAAUGACGACUCGAUGGCCCCAAUAUCGGGUCUAAACCCAGACGAUCCACUCCCAUCCAUCGAAAGCAAUGAUGCAAGCUCCAAACAGGAUAUUACAGCUCCAAAUUUUCGUGCUAGAGAAAGAAGACCGCAAAGAGGUGGGUUAAUCGGAAGUCAGCGUCUUCAAAGGGUCCCAAGUUCUUCCCAAGUUCCACCACACCUUCUGAGAGCAAGAAGAAGCACCAGUCCCGCGUAUGCGGCAGCUCUCGCUCCUUACCUUGGCCCUAUUAAUCCUCGAGGACAUCAAAGACUGUCUAACAAUCCUGUACCUGCCAUGUUGCCGAAUCGAGUCCAGAUACCAGAGUCUUACUUGCGAACAAUCAACACUGAAAACACGCGGUCAUUGUCUCGGGCUCGCAAUGAUAACGCACCAGGCGCUAAUCACCCGAAAAGGGCACAAUUACAACCAAGAAAAGAUUUAUCUUCUGGUCAAGUAGCUGAUCAGGCUAUGACAGACCGUGUUCAACCUCGUUCUGGAAACUUCCACUAUUCAGGCCCUAUAAGCUACAAUCCACUCACCGAGGCACUGAAUCCCCAAAACGCUCCAUUCUACCCAACACCGAUGUCCCCCAACCCAAGAAAACGUCGUCAAAUGCAAUCUAACGCUGCUCGUCACUCCUCUGCUCAGCAAUCUGCCCCCGCUAAUCAAUGGUCCUCUCAACGAGACUCAUAUAUGGGAGGCAUGGAACCAUCAGUAGACUUGCAAGCAUUGGGAAGCAUAGCUGUUGGAUCAAGAAAUGCUACCCAAGGCCCUUGGGGUGUAUUACUUCCUCAGCCCGCGAGAAAGAGAGGACGCACAAUAGGCUCGAAGACCGAGAAUACAGACACCGGAACUAUGCAACCCCCACCACCGCGCUCAAUUGCUUUUAGCCCUCCAGUUAGAAGUUCUGUUCCGUCAUUUGCCAUCCCGGUCGCUCUCAAUGGACAAAUCGCUACAACACGCUCAAAUCUUGAAGCCACGUUCAGCCUUGUCAAGAACGCGGCUGCGAUGCUUGACCCCUUCACCAAGAUAGUUCCUGCUACCGUCAAGCUAGUAGCGGAUAACAAUCAAGUAUGGGAGUACAAAUACGCGGGUACUAGACGAAACUGGAAGAAAGGCCAAGGGGGAAAGGUCACUGUCGCAAAGCUCAACGAAUGGGCAAACGCUAUCUUACGUCGCAGACUUCCUGGAAGCUUUCCUCCUGCUGCGAAGAAAAGAGUCUAUUCUGCUCCUCCUCCACCUAAACCAAAGAAUGAUAAGUGGACAGAGUGGGAAAGAGCAUUCCUAGAGGCACAUAUUCUGGAUGCAGUGAAGGCAAAGAAGGCCAAUCUAGAUGAAGAAGAUUGGCAGCUUAUUGCAGACGCUCAGAAUGAGGAGUUUUCUGGCCAUAAGAGACUUCCUGGAUUACCUAUGGCACUAUUAAUCUCGCGUAGUCUCACCAUUGAUGAUGUUCCGGUCAUUAGAGGUGGAGGCUAUACUAAGACCGAGGGACAUUUUCCAGAGCGCUCAAGCUCCGAGAUUCAGAACAUCCUUUACCAUUGGCCUGAUAUUCAUGAGGAAAUUAAGCAGUUAAUUAGGAGAUACCGUGGAAAGAUUCCGAUUUAUGUCGAUUGUGACACCGAUAUCAGUGACUCGGAGCGUACGUCGGAUGAUGAGAAUGGAGAUAAGGAAGCAGAUGCAGCUGAGAUUGGUGCUUCAAAGCCUAUUUCUGAGGGUUGA